AUGGUCUUGGAAUCAGCACUACACGCCGUUCUCCGUGUCCAGGUUCUUCUCAAAGUCGUGGGCUUAGUAGGACUCGGACUGCUACUUCGCGAACUUCUCUCCUACAUCCGUUUGCGCAUCGCGCUACUCUCUGUUAGCAAGUUACCCGGGCCUCCUGCGCAAUCGUACUGGACAGGCAACCUGAAACAGCUCAUCGCUCGAGACGCAGAGGAGUUUCAGCAACACGUCGCUCUGGACUAUGGCCCAGUUACUAAGUUAAACGGGUUCUUCGGGGAGCCGAUUUUAUACGUAUCUGACCCUAAGGCCUUGCAUUCAAUCCUCAUUAAGGAUGAGCACGUUUUUCAGGAGGGCAAGGAGUUCCUCGCAAUCAUGAAAUGCUUGUUUGGUAACUGCCUGAGUGGCGCAUCCGGUCCGGACCACGGCAAGCAACGGAAGAUGCUCAAUCCAGUGUUCUCAGUUAAACAUAUGCGCCACAUGCUCCCCCUCUUUUGGGAACUAGGUCACAAGUUCUCAGAAGCAAUUGGUACUCGCGUGCGCGAGGGACCUCAGGAGUUGGAUAUGUUGUCAUGGUGCGGGCGAGUUGCGUUGGAGUUGAUUGGCCAAGGGGGUCUAGGAUACUCCUUCGACCCGCUUGUCACGGACAAAGCGGAUUCGUAUGCCGAUGCUCUGAAGUCAUUAGUUCCGGAGCUCGACAGCCUGAUGCUCUUCCGGAAAUUUAUCUCCAUUUCUGAGCCCCUCCCGACCUGGAUUCGCCGUAGCUUCGUGAGCCUGUUUCCUCCGGGGACUCGAGUCCACACUCUGGCGAAUAUCAUCAACAAUCUGGACAAGAACUCGAAAGGCAUAUACGCUGACAAGAAGCGUGCGCUCGAGCAAGGCGAUGCUGAGAUCAUGAAGCAGAUCGCGCAGGGAAAGGAUAUCAUGAGCAUCCUCCUGCGCGCAAACGCUUCAGCAGAUCCAGAGGACAGGCUAUCCGACGAAGAUGUGAUCGCCCAGAUGUCUUUGUUCAUUGUGGGAGGUCUAGACACGACGGCAUCUGCACUCUCGCGCGCCCUGAUGCUACUUGCGGAGAACCCUGAGCGUCAGCAGAGGCUCAGACAAGAACUCUUGAGAUCGGAUGCUUGCGGGAACAUGCCGUAUGACGAGCUGAAUCGUCUGCCAUACCUUGACGCCGCAGUCCGCGAGACACUCAGACUCUAUCCUCCAGGAACGAUCAUAUUCCGAGUGGCGGGUCAGGAUGCGGUGCUUCCCCUCUCCGAGCCCGUACACACCACCGAUGGGAAGACUAUGGACGCAAUCCCCGUUACGAAGGGAUCCCAAUACCUCGUUGGUUUCACCGGUUGCAAUAUGAGCAAGGGGCUGUGGGGUGAAGACGCGCUCGAAUGGAAGCCAGAGCGCUGGCUGGCGCCCCUCCCCGCGACGAUCAUUGAGUCACGUAUACCGGGUGUAUACUCGAAUCUGAUGACGUUCUCUGGGGGCAAGCGUGCCUGUAUUGGCUUCAAGUUCUCAGAGAUGGAAAUCAAGGUCGUUCUGGCUGUGCUCUUGUCGAAGUUCACCUUCGAGCCGAGCGACAAGCCGAUUGUGUGGAACGUCGCUUCGGUGUGGUACCCCACGGUCGGCAGAAAGAGCAACACGCCCGAAUUGCCGCUCAAGGUUGGCUUGUACCAACCCUCGAUGAACUGA